AUGAACUCUGUAGCCGGUACAUCGCCUGUCCUGGGCUGGACCAACGUCUCGAUCGGGUUCUGCUUCAUCCUGCUCGACGUUCUCGUGUCGAGCGUCUUCAAGCUCGGCAUCGCUUCUUCGCUCCUCGUCGCGUCGGUGAGAUGCGUCGUCCAGCUUACGAUCAUGGGUCUGUUCCUCGAGAAGGUAUUCGCGAGCGAUAGCGUGCUGGGUGUGGUAGGGAUAGUGUUGGUACUGAACGUGCUGGGAGCUGUCGAGGUGACAUACAACAAAGCCAAAGGACGAUUCUCCUACAUGUUCCCGCUCGUCCUGAUAUCCAUGCUUUGCUCCACCGUCCCCAUCUCCAUCCUCGGCACUCGGUUCGCCAUGUCCCAGACGCGCUUCUGGCAGCCUGAUCAGUUCAUCCCUAUUGUGGGCAUGACCCUAGGAAACGCCAUCUCAUCCAUCGGCGUUGGAUGGAACACGGUCCAAAAGGAGUUCACCGACAACAAGGACAAGAUAGAGACAUAUCUCGCUCUAGGUGCGAGCAGGUUCGAGGCAUGUAAGCCGGUCGCAACUGGAGCGCUGAAGGUGUCGCUCUUGCCGAUUGUCAAUCAGCUAAGUGUCAUUGGUUUGAUCUCGAUACCUGGGAUGAUGACCGGAGCGAUCAUAGGCGGGAAGCCUGUCGAUCAAGCUGCUCGCUUGCAAAUGAUCAUCAUGUUCAUGAUAGCAGCCACUUCGACCCUCGCGGUCGUCAUGUCCCUCUUCUUCGCCUGCCGCACUCUGAUUGACGACAAGCACCGCAUCCGCGUUGACAGGAUCGACAUGCGGAAACCGGGCUUCUAUCGCUUGCGAGACGCUACAGCUAGCAAAGCGUGGAGCGCGAUCAGGUGGAAGCACCGGGAUAGCGGAGGCGAAACCCAAGCGCUACUCAGUGGAAGUAGGUAG